AUGCUUUCCGCGUAUCUAGGCAAGAUGAAUAUCUCCAACAUUGUGUUGGAGAAGGGAGCUGAAAUCACGACGGACCCUCGCGGUAUUGCCUUGGAUGAAGAUGGCAUUCGCCUUCUUCAGGGCGCCGGCUUGUACUCGUCUGUGUAUUCGGAAAUUGGGACAUGCAUGCACAUAUUCAAGUUCAUUGGAGGAAAGGAUCCUGUUUUGGAUAAGCGAGCAUUUAUUGAGAUGGACUACGGAACUACCGAGGGUGGUACGGGACAUGUGGGCUUCAUCUGUCACAAGCAGCCGGCAUUAGAGAAAUGCUUGAGGGAUGCGAUGGCAUCCUCGAAAUAUUGCGACUUGCGAUCGGGGUGCGAAGUUACCAGUCUGUCAGAAGAUGACCAGGGAACACUUUGUCACUAUCGCGACGCGACAGGCCAAGAGCGUCAGAUCCGGUCGCGAUUCUUUAUAGGCGCUGAUGGCAAAACUGGCUUCACAAGAAAGCAGUACCUGGAGCCACGAGGAAUUCUCAUGGAGCAGGCCCACCAGUCGUUUUACGAAGAGACCUGGGUGGCAUUGAAUUGGAAGAUUAGCCUUCCAAAUGAAAAGACCCAUCCCGACUUUCCAUUGUGGAGACUCGGGUAUACACCUGAACAAGUAUAUGAUCUUUUCUUCCCAUCCAACUUCCGCUUCAUUUGCAACCCAAAUCGGCCAUCUGUCUGUGGACGUUUUGGAUUGCCGUCAGAUCGCUUAUGGAGGUUUGAAUUCGUCGUCCAAAAAGGUGAGGAUGGGGACGAGAUGGCGAAGCCAGAAAUGAUCAAGAAAGUGGUCUUUCCUUACAUAACCCAUCCUGGGAAACGCUAUGGCAUACCCCAGGAUAUUGUCUUCCCAGAUGAUUGCAUCCAAGUUCUACGGUCACGGCCAUUUAGAUUCUCCGCUAGAAGCUGCAACAGAUGGUCUGAUGGCCGAGUUGUACUAUGUGGCGAUGCAGCCCACGUCUUCCCGCCGUUUGGGGGUCAAGGAAUUGCAUCUGGCUUCCGUGAUGCAGUAUCUCUUGCUUGGCGCCUCGCCCUACUCUGUCGUGUCCAAGCAAAGGACUCCGGCUUCCACAAACAAGUUUUAAAAGCUUGGUACGAAGAGCGAAAACAGCAGCUGGAAAAGUCGCUAGCAUCAACUAUUGAAAACGGAAAAUUCGUGACCGAGGGUAACCCAUUGAAAAUCUUCGUACGAAACGUGUACCUUUGGUUUGUACAGCUGGUACCCUCCUGGCGCCACGAAUUGUCCCUUGGUAGACGCAAGGAGGGACUCGUGCGCUACGAGCAUUCGUCUGGAAUGCCAUUCAUCCCCGAAUAUAACGGCGGCCUGUGUCUCCCCCAAGUCUAUUGCAGGUCUAUGGGAAGCUCCAACACAGAAGUGUGUUUCACAGACGAUGUUAUUUUUGGACCAGGCAAAAGUGGCUUGUUCCAGCUCCUCGUAUACGUCAAGACAUCUGAAGAAAUCUCUUCAGCCCGAGAGAUUGCAUUGGACAUUGACGACUUGUCCCAUGGCGAGAUCCUUGCUAGCGAGGCCACCUUCCUCGUGGAGGAUAUAUCCUGUGCUCCUUGCAAAGUUGGGCAUGAGGUAUUCCGGCUUGCUUCUGGGGAAGAGUUUGCCCAGUCUCAGCUAUGUACCAACAGGCCGAGGCCAGCGUUUUAUGACCCGCUCUGUUUAGGGAAGGCCUUGAAAGGAAGGCGAUUCACUAUUGUUCGGCCAGAUAGAUUCAUAUUUGCUUCUUGUGAUAGCAGAGAAGACUUAGGGAAGAUAGCCAGAGCUGCAGCCUCACAGCUCCGAGGAUGA